GAUAUACUUAGACCUUGAAAAAUCUGUUGAUAAGCGGCCAUAGAGAAGAUUAGCUCUGAAAUUAUAUCAGUGAGGGUUAUGGAAAGACUAGUUGUUUAGACAGUAGGAUGGCUAGGUUUGAGAAAGAUUAUGAAAAGUUGUUAUAAAUCCAGUCAAACUGGACCUUUAAUACUAGUUGUGUGCCUCAGAAGUUUUUAUUUCAUGUUAUGUUAAUGACAUUGAUAGGAGAAUAAGUAGUAAAUCAGCAAAAUUUGUGGAUGACAUUGAACUCUUGGGUUUUUCUAGCUGUAUUGAAGAUGUUGAGAUUUCUUGACUCCUUGGAGGAAUGCUGGUCUGCAAACGAAAUCAUGGAUCCAGAUUUAACAGUCAAGAACAGAAGAAACCAUAGUGACCCUAGUCACCUUCCCCCCUGGGUGUGGUUUAUUGUUACCAAGUUCCUGGGUAUUCAUUGUGUCUCUGGAACAGCUCCAGUGUUUGGAACAGUGAUUCACUCAUUGAACUUUGCUUUUGCUUUAGGUUUUGUUGUUUCCCAUGUGUGGCGAGUGGCCUAUGAUAUUGCUUCCACCCACACAAAACAAGAUGUUACAAAUGGCUCUGUGAGCAUUUUUAUAGUCUUUUGUUGGUCAGCUUAUGGAUUUUAUUCCAAGCACCUGUGUAGGAGACUGAUUUCUCAUCCCCAUAUUCUGAAAGAUGUACACAUGCAUUCAAGAACUUUAUUUAAGAUACAUACAACACUUCUGGUGUUUUUGCUCGGAGUUGUGUUUACUGUAGUUAGUAGUUACAAUGGUGUUUCUGUAUUUUGUGAUGGCACGUGUUUAAACAUAAACCUUAGCCCUCUGGUGUGUAAGGUGGAGUACAUCUCAAGAGUAUUAUUUUCAAGUUUAACGCUAAUAUGGAGCUCUUUGGUAGCUUUUGUUUUGAUUUCAGUAUGCAGAACACACACUAUAGGUAUUAGAAAGUUCAUCAAGAGUAUUGAAUAUGAUGCAGCUUUACAUGCAAAGGAAAAUAUUCACACUAACCAGUUUCUUCCUGUAACAAAUGAAGAUAUAUUUCAAGAAAGUGUGUGGCUAGAAGAUGAAUUACCGAACAAAGACAGCUCUGAAGACUUUAUCUUGCAUACAUCACCUGAUCAGUUUAAUUUUUCCAACCAGUUGCAAUCAUCAUAUAACCCAGAUUUUGAAAAACAAAAUACACCCAGUGGCACUUUCCUUCUGCCUAGUGAAGAUGUUCAUGGCUUAUUUGAAAAUUAUUUUAAACGGGAGAAUUUCCAUCACAAUGACAGUGUUUACUCUGUCACUGGACAAGGAUGUAAACCAUUCCCUUCUUCAAGCCAUGAAAUGGAAACAUUUCUUGAAGCUGACACAUCUCCAAGUAAUGAAAAGACCUAUUUAUGUCCAGAAGAUAUUCUACGUGGUUAUUGGAAAAUUUCUUGUCGGUUAAGGUUCCUGUCAUCAGCAUUUCAGCGAUGGCUUGCCAGUUACAUCAGCUUGGUUGUAUUCUGGUGUUGUGUAUAUCUAGUGUAUUGGGUGAAUAAUGCCGCAACAGCGUACGAUAUUGUACAAUUUGUUGUUCCUCUGAUAAUAUUACCACUUCUGUGUUCUGCUCUAGCAGAAGUAAAUUUGGAAGGGCAGCGGCUUUCAAAGUGUAUUUGUCCAGCUGGGGACAGGAUUCAGCUGAUCCAGUUCCUUACCCAGCAUCCUCUUCAGUUGACAGUUUAUGGUUAUGCCAUGAACUAUGGAACUAUAAUGACUGUUCUCUUUGCCAUCCUUGUUGCUUUCACUUCACGUCUAAUUGUUGCAGAGAUUAACAACUGAUGUUGUUACCGUGUCACCGAGAUGGAAAGUACCAAAUUCUUGAUGUAUGAUAUUUGAAUACUUAUUUUGUUUACUCGAUUAGUGAGGUCACUAAACAAAUGUAAAGAACUGUACAUAUGAAAGUGAUCUUUGUAUCAUGUUCAUGAGAUAUAUUCUAUAAGCAUUUGUAAUAUGUUAAAUUUUAAAUUCUGACAUUUUAAUUUACAAAGUUCACUCUGUUUUAGAAAUAAAUAUAAAACUAUGAUUAUUGUAA